UUAAAUUAGAACAAGAAAGCAUUUCCUCGAUUUUCUUUUAAUUAAAUUUGAAAAACAAAUUAACGAUAAUGAUAUCAUCUAAUUUGCAUUAUGUUCUUUCUAUAGUUUAUAGUUCCUAAAUUCCAUGAAUGAGAUGGUGUGAGUGGUUGUUUGCUGCUUCUGCUGCUUUUGUUGCAGUUGGUCUCUAUCGCUUUCAUCCCUAACGUCACGUUCGGGUUCUGAGUUGAGCUGAGCUAAUUCACUUCCACUAAUCUUCCUCCGUGGCGGCUUCUUAAUCACUGAAACAAGACAUGGAUCCCAAGACUUGGCGUUGGAGGAAACGAUCUUCGGAGAAAACUAUAGUUGCGAAUGAGAAAACCGGCAGCAAUUCUUUGAACCGACUCGAAGGAAUGAUACAAACACUUCCACCGGACAAAGAACUGGGAAGCGACAUGUCGAACAAGAGCCUCAACGAGAAGUUAGCUUCGGUACUCACUGAUUGUCACGAGAAAGACGACCUUAUCGUGAAGCACGCGAAAGCUGCAGAGGAAGCAAUCGCAGAUUCCAAGAAGGCAGAAGCAAGGGCAGCCCUCCUAAAGCGGGAACUGGAUGACGCUUUGGGUCGAGCGGAAGCUGCAAAUGAGAAAUCGACUCGUUUGGAAACCGAAGCGAAGGAAUAUUCUGAGAAGCUCAGUUCCCUUCAAGAAGAAUCAGAGCAAAGAAAGAAGAGCUUGGAAGAGAAACUAUCAGAGGUGGAGAAAAAGCUCGCUUUCUCAACUCUCGAAAGUACCCGCCUUUGCUCUGAACUCUCGGGAAAGGAUAAGCUGAUUGAAGAUCUCCUGAAAUCUAAGUCUGAUGCAGAGUCCGAGUUUAAUGCCCUGAUGGGAAGGCUGGACUCGAUCGAAAAGGAGAAUGCGUUCCUUAAAUAUGAGUUCUGUGUGCUGGAGAAGGAGGUCUCUAUCCGGAAUGAGGAGCUGGAGUACAACAGACGGGCUGCAGAAGCGGCCCACCAGAAGCACCUCGAGAGCACCAGGAAGAUCACCAAGCUAGAAGGGGAGUGCCAACGGCUUCGCACGCUCAUGCAGAAGAGGAUCCCAGGACCCACUGACCUGGCCAGGAUGAAGAGAGAGGUGAGAGUUUUAGGGGGAAACCAAUCGGAGACCGGGAAAGGAAGAAAGCCCCUCGAAGUCCCGAGAAGUAGCACUAAGAUAGGCUUCUUGAUGGAGCGGCUGGGAGACGUCGAGGAGGAAAAUAAAUCUCUGAAAGAACUCGUAGCUCUUAAAGAAGCUGAAUUAAUUUCUUCGAAGGUAUUGAAUUCCGAGACUAGUUCAAGAUUGUUGGAGCUAGAGGUACGAGUUUCUGAGCUCUCAAGAGGACAAGGCAUGGAGUUGGCAAUAAAAGAGCCUUUACCAAAGGAGUCGUCUUCGCCCUUGGCAGGAUCCUCUGGGUCCUGGGCCAAUGCCCUUAUCUCGGAAUUGGAACAUUUCCGAAACGAGAAACUUACAAAUGCAUUGAAAUUAAUAUCUUCUGAUUCUGGUGCAUUGGAGAUGGAUAAGUUAGCUAUAGUUUCGGUGGCUCCGCCUUCUGAAAAAAGGACAGUUACCGAAAUAUCUUUCGACUGGCUCCAGGUUGUCUUGAAUGCGAUGAUGGAGCAAACCCGAGUGUCAAACCGAAGUCUGCUGGAACUAUUUGAGGAUGUCAGAAUUGCUCUGGGUUUUAUGAACCAGCCGGGCCAAGAAUCGGGAAAAUUAUUGCCUAGUUCGAGCAAUAUGGCAGAAUCUGUUUCUGAUUCCGAACCUCUUCAGAUAUCGGGCUAUCUCACUUGGAAAUCCCCAAAGGCAUCUUUGGGGUCGGAUAAUUGGAGCAACUCAAUCCGGAAAAUCAUCAAGCUUAUUGAAGGUUUUACCCCAGCGAGUACGAAGAAUUCAGACUACUUUGUCCAUGUCUUCCAACAGAAGAACUCGGAGCUGAUUGCAGUCAGAGAGAAAUUUCUCACAGCAUGUAACAAUAUCCUCGAGGAAAAAUUUGAUCUCGAGAUGUUUGUUGAAGAGCUAGCGAGUGCUUUGGAUUGGAUCAUGAACAGUGAUACGAUGCCGAGAAAAAACGUGUCGAAUGUAAGGGACAGAAUCAAGAAAAAUAUUGGUCGAACUGAAUUUCCAGGUGAAGAGGACCCUAUGUCAGAAUCUGAUACAGAGAAUAAAGCUGAAAGCGGGUCGCCUCAUUCGCCUUCAGUUGAGCAAGAUGAGAAGAAGCAACUCGAACUUGAGCUGAAGAACAUGGAGUCUGCCAAGACCGAUGUAGAAGCGAAGCUAAAUAAAGCUGAGGAAUGUAUUGGGACCUUGACGUUGGAGCUCAAAACCGUUGAGGAAUCCAAGAGAGUUCUUGAGGAUCAGAUGGAGAACCAGAAGUCGAUAAAUGAAGAUCUCGACACUCAACUCACCAUGGCAAAGUCUAAGCUCAACGAGGUCUUGCAGAAGUUCUCUUCGCUCGAAGUCGAGCACGAGGAGAAGAACAACUGCUGCGAGGAACUGGAGUCGAAGUGUCUUGAGCUUCAACUUCAACUAGAAAGUGUUGCGAAGGAAACUCCGAAGCAGCAGGAGCUCAUGCUUUCCCGAACUGGGUGGGAGAUCACAGCAGCUUCAGUGAAGCUAGCAGAAUGCCAAGAAACCAUCCUAAACCUUGGAAGACAGCUCAAGGCUCUGUCUUCUCCGAGGGAAGCUGCAUUCCUCGACAGAGUUUUCUCCAGACCAAACACGUGCAAGAUCUUAAACAAGCGAGCCUGCCUUCGCGACCGAUUGCUAGCGGAAGACGACGUCUCCAAUACAAAGAAGGAUGCUAAAUCCCCUGAGAACAGAAUAGUACUGACCAAGACAAACGGGCAAAAUCUUGAUUCUCCGAACAUCCUCGUCCAAACUCCUGAGCCCUCUGCGAGUCUGAAGCAUAGGCAAGGGAGCAGCACAAUGGGGGCUAUGGCCUUGGUGCCUUGCAGGAAGCAGAGUGGGAUCGGAUUCUGGAGGAGGCUGCUGCUGAGGAGAAGAAGAGGGAGCAGCAAGAAGUCCAUGCCCCUGCAUAGGACCUGAACAGAUAAACAAUAGGAGGUGAAGUUGGGAAGAGACAAAGCUGUUUACUUUGUCUGGCUAAUAAUGUAAUCUGUUGCUGUUGGUGGUGAUUGAAAUUGCUUUCAUGUGCUGAUACAUUUGUUUUUUUCUUUUUUUCUAUGAAAGACUUGAUGACAGGGCCAUUUAUGCUGAUUUUGCCUCUGAUUUUGUACAUAUUUCAUGUUGGUUUGGUC